UCCGGAAGCUGCGACACGUCCCAGGCGCCAGGUAAAGGUUCGUCUGCUCGGCGAACCCGCCGGAGAGGCAGCGGCGAAGUGAACGGGUUCACGGCCCCGAAUUAUUGACGAACUGAAGCCAGUGCGGGCGGAGGCCGUUUCCCCUUGAAAUCGGCUGCACUUGGUGCCGAGGUCGGGAGAUGCUGGAACCAGCCUGCGGGUCGGGCAGCGGCCGCCGAGGCAGAAGCAGAGUUCACGUUGCGCGUCCGGGACCCGUUGUGGAGGCGUGAAAGCGAGAAGUGCAAAGGUGAAACAUCAGAAUGGAAGAAAAAAUAAAGAAACCAAGCCCAAAGGUGACUUUGUACCAGCACUCCCACCCUGGGACGUCUCCGGUGCCAGCCCACAAGAGCGCAGCAUUCUCCGCAGCUUUACCUCCCCCUUCUUCACCGAAACUAAAAUCAAAAUUGAAAAGGGCAAACAAAGGUAAAGUAAAACCCCCAGAGCCAGCUGAGAAGAUGUCAAAGCCUGCAUCAGUUCAGCACUCCUUCCUAACGGACGUCUCUGAUGUAAGGGAGAUGGAAUGUGGUUUGUUACAUUUGCUGAAUGAUUUCCACUCCGGGAAACUUCAAGCUUUUGGGAAAGACUGCUCCUUUGAACAGAUGGAGCAUGUAAGAGAGAUGCAGGAAAAAAUGGCCCAUUUACACUUCAGCCUUGACAGCCAUGUGGAAGAGCUUUCUGAGGAUAAGAAAAAAGUUGUGUCAGACAGGAAUCUUGAACAGCUUCUGAUUAAUUUGGAAGAACUUAGUACCUCAAUACAAAAACUACACCUGGCAGAAAAUCAAGAACUGCCAAAAAGUGAAGAGUUGAAAUCAUCUCCUUCAUAGAAAUAGUGGAAAAUGGGGCCCAAGGGAAAAUGGCCUGCACCGAUCAAUGAAGGCACUGCUUCAAGAGGAAGAUAUGAUGCAUCAAAUUCCUGUUUUUUAAAACAUGGAACAUGGGAGCCAGAUUUUAAAACCAACUGCUAAGAUUCAACAACAUGCAUAAUUUUACUGUCAAUUUUCUCUCCUUCUCAUAACAUUUGCACUUUGUAUAGUUUAACUUCAUCCUAUGUUUUGCGCAUUGCCAAGUAAGCUUUGGAUGAGCUCUCCCAUGUCUAAUUAUGCAACAAAUCCUGUAAUGAGUCAUAACACUGUAUGGCACAGAAACAGGGCUUUCUGCCCACCACAUCCAUGUCACCAUUGUUUCCAUCCACACUAAUCCCAUUUGCCUGCAUUAGGUCUGUAUCCUUUCAAGCCUAGCCUAUUCAAGUGCCUCUCUAGGUGUCUUUUAACUGUUAUGAUAUCUGCCUCCACCACCACCUCUGCAAGCACAUUCUAGAUAUCAACUACACCGUGUGGAAAAACUUUCCCCUUGGAUCCCCUUUAAAUCUCUUCCCUCUUACCUUAAACUUAGAAGACAAAAGAGAUUGAAAAUGCUGGAAUCUGGAUCAAAAUUAUGAGAGGCAAGGAUAGGGUAGAUAACCAGUCUUUUUCUUCUCAGGGUGAAAAUGUCAAAUACUAGAGGGGCAUAGCUUUAAGGUCCAUAUCUUUCUAAAGCUUUCCUAUUGAUGUACCUGUCCAAAUGUCUUUUAAACAUUGUAAUUCUACCUGCCUCUAGCACUUCUGGUAGCUCAUUCCAUAUAUCCACCACCCUCCGAAAAAGUUGCCCCCUCGGGUCUCUUUUAAACCUUUUCCCUCUCACCUUAAACCUCUGCCAUCUAGUUUAAGCCUCCCUGAUCCUGGGAAUAAAACUGUUACCAUUUGCCUUAUCUUUGACCCUCAUGAUUUUAUAAACCUCUAUAAGAUCACCCCUAGGCCUCCUUCACUUCAGGGAAAACAGACCCAGUCUCUCCUUAUAACUCAAACCUUCCAUUACUUACAACAUCCUUAUGAAUCUUUUCUGCACCCUCUCUAGUUUAAUCACAUCCUUUCUUUAGUAUGUCAAAUAAAAACUGCACACAAUAUUCCAGGUGUGGUCUCACCAAUGCCUUGUACAGCUAUAACAUGACAUCCCAACUCUUGUCCUCAAUACCCCUAACCAUGAAGGCAAGCAGGCCAUAUGUCUUCUUCACCACCUCAUCUGCUUGUGUGCCAUUUUCAGGGAACGAUGUACUUGUAAACCUGUGUCUCUGUUGUACAACAUUCCCCAGGGCUCCGUUGUUCACUGAUCGAGUGCGGCCCUGGUUUAACAUUCCAAAAUGCAUCAAUUCAGACUUGUCUAAAUUAAAUUUCAUCUGCUAUUCCUUUGCCCACUUUCUAAGUUGAUCUAGAUCCUGUUGUAACCUUAGACAACCUUCUUCACUGUCCACCACAAUUUUGGUGUCAGCUGUAAACUUGUGAAUCAGUCUCAUCCAAAUAAGAACAUAAGAAACAGGAGCUGGAGUUGGCCAUCUGGCCUGUUGAGCCUGCUCCACCAUUCAAUAAGAUCAUGGCUGCUCUGGCUGUGGACUCAGAUCCACCAACCUGUCUUUUCCCCAUAACCCUUAAUUCCCCCACUAUGCAAAAAUCUAACUGUCUUAAAUAUAUUUAAUGAGGUAGCCUCUACUGCUUCCCUGGGCAGAGAAUUCCAAAGAUUUACUACUCUCUGGGAAAAGCAGUUUCUCCUCAUCUCCAUCCUAAAUCUGUUCCCCUGAAUCUUAAGGCUCUGUCCUCUUGUUCUAGUCUCACCUACCAGUGGAAACAACCUUCCUGCCUCUACCUUAUCUGUCUCUUCCAUAAUUUUAUAUGUUUCUAUAAGAUCCCCUCUCAUUCUUCUGAAUUCCAGUGAGUAUAGUCCCAGGUGACUGUCCUCCUAGGCUAACCCCCUCACCUCUGGAAUGAACCUGGUGAACUUCCUCUGCACUGCCUCCAAAGCCAGUAUAUCUUUCCUCAAGUGAGGAGACCAGAACUGCACAUAGUAUUCCAGGUGCGGUCUCACCAGUACCCUGUACAUUUGCAGCAUAACCUCCCUGCUCUUAAAUUCAAUUCCACAAGCAAUGAAGACCAACAUUCCAUUUACCUUCUUGAUAACCUGUUGCACCUGCAAACCAACCUUCGGCGAUUCAUGCACAAGCCCUCCCAAGUCCCUCUGCACAGCAGCAUGCUGCACUCUUUCACCAUUUAAAUAAUAAUCUGAUCUAUUUUUCCUUCUAAAGUGGAUGACCUCGCCUUUAUCAACAUUGUACUCCAUCUGCCAAACCCUUGCCCAAUCACUUGACCUAUCUAUAUCUCUGCAGACUGUCUGCAUCCUAAGCACAAUUUGCUUUUCCACUCAGUGUCAUCAGCAAACUUAGAUAUGUAGCACGAGGUCCCCUCUUCCAAAUCGUUAAUGUAUAUCGUGAACAUUUGCGGGCCCAGCAUCAACCCCUGCAGCACCUCGAUCAGCACUGAUUGCCAAUCAGAGAAACACCCAUUUAUCCUAACUCUCUGCCUUCUUUUGGUUAACCAAUCCUCUCUUAAUUCUAAUACCUCACCCCCAACUCCAUGCAUCCUUAUCUUAUGGAUAAGUCUUUUAUGCGGCACCUUAUCAAACAACACUUGGAAAUCCAAGUAUACACCAUCCACAUGUUCCCCUCUAUCCACUGCGCUCAUUAGAUCCUCAAAGAACUACAGUAAGUUUGUCCAACAGGACCUGCCCUUCCUGAAUCCAUGCUGUGUCUGCCUGAUGGAACCACUCUAUCCAGAUGUCUCAUUUUUUUCCUUAAUGAUAGCUUCAAGCAUUUUUCCAACUACAGACAUUAAGCUGACUGGCCUAUAGUUAUUUGUCUUUUGCCUACAUCCUUCUUAAACAGUGGUGUGUUAUUCACUGUCUUCCAAUCUGCUGGGACCUGCCCAGAGUCCAGAGAAUUUUGGUAUAUCGUUAAUAUGAGGAAUGGCAUAGUGCUGGUCACAAGGACUCCUAUCUGAAAAAUAACCCUCCAUGAUCACUCUCUGACUCCAGUCAUUGAUGUAGUGGAGAAAGAUUUGGGGGCAUAUGCUGGAAUAGGUUCGGAACUAGGACUGUUCCAUGUAGCCAACAAAAAGACAGGCAUAGCUAGGGCCCAUACCUACCUCUUUGAUCUGCAGAAAGUGGGAGGAAUUGAAAGAAGUUAUUGAAGGUAAAGACAAAGUUCUGCAAAGUGACUGAGAGUGUUAGUGGAGGGGAACUGGUUGGGACAGAGGGUCUUAAGACCUUCCUGAUGGGGAAUGGAGGUGUAUAGAGACUGGAUGUCCAUGGUAAAAAGGUGCCAGUUGGGACAAGGGAAUUGGAAGUUAGCAAAAUGUUGGAGAGCACGAGAGGUAUCCUGAUAUAAGUGGAACAGGACUGUACAAGGAGAGACCAGAUGCAGUCAAUGUAUGAAGAAAUGAGUUCAGUGGGGCAAGAGCAGGCAGAAACAAUGGGUCUAGUUGGGAAAUUCUGUUUAUGGGUCUUUACCUGGUUAAGAGAUAGAAACUGGCCUAUGCGCUCUUGUUUGGAAAAAGAUUCUAUCUCUGCCUCUUAAUUUUAUAUACCUCCAUCAGGUCAAUCUUCAGCAUCCUUUGCUCCAGGGGAAACAAGCUCUGCCUGUCCAAUCUCUCCCCAUAACUAAAGUCCUCCAGUCCAGGCAGCAUCCUGGUGAGUCUCCCCUACAUCUUCUCUGAUGUAAUCACAUACUUCCUAUAGUGUGGCGACCAGAACUGCACACCAAAAUGUGCAGCCUCACCAAAAUUCUGUAAAUUUGCAACACAACAUCCCAGCUCUUAUAUUCUAUGCCCUGGCUGACGAAGGUAAACAUCAAACCAAGUGUUUGGUAAUCAACUGGGCUCCCAGUUCCUAAAAACUUAAACUUUGCAGAAUCAAUCACAGUUGUCAUGGAUGGAAGUACUGCUGGUGUUGGUUCUAAAGCAAGCUAGAGUUUAGAUUGUUUACUUUGUACGAAGCACUGCAGCAUUGUGAGCUGGUAGCUAGUUAUUCCUUCCAUUUCAAAAACCUAUCUGAAAAUUGAACAUAGAACAGUACAACACUGUACAGGUCUUUCAGCCCACGAUGUUGUGCCAACCUAUAUAAACCUUAUCCACAUUCCAACUAUCCCCCUUUCUGCUUCACCUCCCAUAACCCUCUCUUUUUCUUUCAUUCAUAUGCCUAUCUAAUAGUCUCUUAAAUGACCCUAUCCUAUCAGUCCCUACCACCAGCCCCAGCAGUGCAUUUCAGGCACCUACCAUCUCCCCUGAACUUUCCUCCAUACACCUUAACCAGGUGACUUCUAGUAUUGGCCAUUACUGCCCUGGAGAAAAGGUGCCGGCUGUCCACUCUGUCUCUGCCUCUCAUAAUCUUAUACACCUCUAUCGUCACCUCUCAUCCUCUGUCGCUCCAAAGAGAAAAGCCCCAGCUCGCUCAACCUAUCCUAAUAAGACAUGUUCUCUAAUCCAAGGAACGUCCUUGUAUAUCUCCUCUACGCCCUCUCCAAAGCUUCCACAUCCUUCCUAUAAUGUGGUAACCAGAACUGAACACAAUAUUCCAAGUGUGGUCUAACCAGAGUCUUAUAGAGCUGCAACAUUACCUCUUGGCUCUUGAACUCAAUCCCCCAGCUAAUGAAGGCCAGCACAACAUAGGCCUUCUUAAAUGCCCUAUCAACUUGUGCAGCAGCUUUGGGGAUGUAUGUACUUGGACCUCAAGAUCCCUCUGUUCCUCCACACUGCUAAGAAUCCUACCAUUAACCAUAUACUCUGAAUUCAAGUUCGAUCUUCCAAAGUGUAUCACUUCACACUUCUCCAGACUGAACUCCAUCUGCCACUUCUCUGCCCAGCUCUGUAUCCUGUCUAAGUCCUAUUGCAGCCUAUGACAAUAUUUUGCACUAUCUACUACACCACCAACCUUCAUGUUGUCUGCAAACUUACCAACCCACGCUUCCAUUUCUUCAUCCAAGUCAUUUAUAAAAAUCACAAAGACAGGGGUCCCUGAACAGAUCCCUGCGGAACACCACUGGUCACCGACCUCCAAGUCAAAUAUUCCACUUAUACAACCGCCCUCUGCCUUCUGUGGGCAAGCCAAUUUCAAAUCCACACAGCCAGUUUUCCAUGGAUUCCAUACCUCAUGACUUCCUGGAUGAGCCUAUCACGGGGAACCUUAUCAAAUGUCUUGCUAAAAUCCAUAUAUACCACAUCCACCGCAUUAACUUCAUGAAUUUAUCUUGUCACUUCCUUGAAAAACUCUAUUAGGCUCUUGAGGCAUGACCUGCCCUUCACAAAGCCAUGUUGACUAUCCCUAAUAAGACACUGCUUCUCCAAAUGCUCGUAAAUCUUGUCCCUAAGAAUCCUCUCCAAUCCUUUCCUACCACUGACUUAAGACUCACUGGUCUAUAAUUCCCAGGAUUAUCCCUUUUACCUUUCUUGAACAAUGGAAAACGUUUGUCAUCCUCCAGUACCACUCCUGUGGCCAGGGAGGACUCGAAGAUCUUUGUUAACGCUCCAGCAAUAUUUUCCCGUCGCUUCCCAUAGUAACCUAGGGUAUAUCCUAUCUGAUCCCUGGGACUUAUCUAUCCUCAUGCUUUUUAGUCGCUCCAACACUACUUCUUUCUUAACCUCAACAUGUUCCAACACAUUGGCCUGUUCUACGCUAACCUCACAUUCAUCUAAGUCACUUUCCCUGGUGAACACUGAAUCAAAAUAUUCAUUCAGGACUUCCCCUACCUCCUUUUCCUCCAGACACAUUUCCCCCCCCCCCCCUUAUCCUUGAGUGGUUCUACCCUCACCCUAGUCAUCCUCUUGUUCCUCACAUGCAUGUAGAACACCUUGGGGUUUUCUUUAACCCUACUUGCCAAGGUCUUCUCAUGUCCCCUUCUAGCUCUCCUAAGUCCCUUCUUAAGGUCCCUCCUGGCUACCUUAUAACUUACAAGAGCCCAGUCUGAUUUUUGCUUCCUGAACCUUAAAUAUGCUUCCUUCUUCCUCUUGAAUAAACCUUCUAUCUCUCUUGGUAACCAUGGUUCCUUCACCCUACCAUCCUUUCCUUGUCUCAGUAGGACAAACCUACCUAGAACCCCAUGUAAGUGGUCCUUAAACGUCCUCCAUAUUUUUGCGGUGCAUUUUCCUGAGAACAUCUGUUGCCAAUUUACGCACCCAAGUUCCUGCCUAAUACCAUCGUAAUUUGCCCUCUCCCAGUUAAAUACUUUCCCAUAAUUUCUACUCCUAUCCUUGUCCAUGGCUGUGCUAAAGGUCAAAGAGUUGAGGUCACUAUCCAUAGAACCAUAGAAAACUACAGCACAGAAAACAGGCCAAUUGGCCCUUCUAGUUUGUGCUGAUACAUUAUUCUGCUAGUCCCAUUUACCUGCCCCCAGCCCAUACCCCUCCAGACCUCUCUCAUCCAUGUAUCUAUCCAAUUUACUCUUACAAGUUAAGAGCGAGCCAGCAUUUACCACAUCAGAUGGCAGCACAUUCCACACUCCCACCACUCUUUGAGUGAAGAAGUAAGUUCCCUCUAAUGUUCCCCCUAAACCUUUCCCCUUUCACCCUAAAGCCAUGUCCUCUCGUACUUAUCUCUCCUAAUCUAGGUGGAAAGAGCCUACUUGCAUUAACUCUGUCUAUGCCCCUCAUCAUUUUGUAAACCUAAAAAUGCUCACCCACCAACAGUUCUGGCACCUGACUAGGUUCAUCGCCUUAGUACCAGACCCAGCAUAGCCUCUCCUCUAGUCGGUCUGUCCACAUAAUAUUGUCAGGAAUCCUUCCUGUAUGCACCUAACAAAUUCCACCUCAUCUAAACCUUUUGCACUAAGGAGGUGCCAAUCAAUAUUAGAAAAGUUGAAGUCACUUGUGACAACAACCCUGUUAUUUUUGCAUGUUUCCAAAAUCUGCCUCUGGAUCUGCUCCUCAGUGUCCCAUUGGCUGUUUGGAGGCCUAUAGAAUGCUCCCAAUAGAGUGAUUGCUCCCUUCCUGUUUCUGACUUCCACCCACACUGACUCAAUAGACGAUCCCUCUAAUGACGACCUCCCUUCCUACAGUUGUGAUACUAUCCCUGAUUAGCAAUGCCACCGCGCCCCCCCCCCCCCAACUCCCUUCCUAUCCUUUUGAAAUAUCUAAACCUCGGAACCUCAAGCAGCCACUCCUGCAGUUGCGACAGCCAAGUCUGUAAUGGCCACAACAUCGUAAUUCCACGUACUGAUCCGUGCUCUAAGUUCAUUACUCUUAUUCUUAACACUUCUUGCAUUAAAAUAAACACAUUUCAACCCAUCUGACUGCAUUUAUGCUCUAUCCCCUGCCUAUCCUUCCUCACAUUCUCAGUACCAUUCACAUCUAUUUCUACACCAACUGAUCUAUUUUCUAAUCUAACACUCCAGUUCCCAUCCCCCCUGCCAACCAAGUUUAAACCCUCCCCAACAGCUCUAGCAAACCUGCCUGCAAGGAGAUUGGUCCCUCUCAAGUUCAGGUGUAACCUGUCUCUUUUGUACAGGACAUAUCUUCCCCAGAAGAGAUACCAAUAAUCCACAAAUCUGAACCCCUGCCCCCUAUACCAACUCUUCAGCCACUCAUUAGUCUGCUAUAUCUUCCUAUUCUUUCCCACCCUUGCUCGUGUCACAGGCAUCAAUCCAGUGAUUACUACCCUUGAGGUCCUGCUUUUUAGCUUCCUUCCUAACUCCAGUACUCGCUCUUCAGGACAUCAUCCCUUAUCUUACCUACAUCGUUGGUGCCAAUGUGUACUACGACUUCUGGCUGCUCACCUUCCCCCUUAAGAAUGUUGUGCACUUGAUCCAAGAUGUCCCUGACCCUGGCACCUGGGAGACAACAUACCAUCCAGGAGUCUCGUUCUUGUCUACAGAAUCUCCUGUCUGUUUCCCUAACCAACGAAUCCCCUAUCACCCUCCCCCCUUCCUUUCUGAGCCACAGAGCCGGACACUGUGUUGGAUGGAGGAGAAUGAAAAUAGAAAAUACAUUCUGUAGAAAACAUCCUGGAGAAUGUACAAAGUAAACUGCUACAUGAGGACAAUUUCUUGCUGGUAGGUGGGUAUGUACACCCCAGCUCCCCAUUCCCCAAAGGAUUUUCAUUACCUAGCACUUUCAAGAAUCUCUCAAUGCACAACUGAAUGACAGACCAUUUAAGAAAGUUGUGCAUUGAGUUGAAAGCUCCUGCUCUUGGGAUUUUAUUCCAGGUAUAUGUGAUUACUGCACAGAGGAAACCUUCAACUUGAGAAAGUAACGUUAGCAAAUCCAGAAGUAUGUGGGAAAUGUGGUGAUUUUGGUUAUAAGAACAUAAGAAACAGGAGCAGGAGUCAUAUGGCCUGUCGCGCCUGCUCCGCCAUUCAAUAAGAUCAUGGCUAAUCUGGUCGUAGGCUCAGAUCCACCUACCUACCUUUUCCCCAUAACUUUUAAUUCCCCUACUAUGCAAAAAUCCAUCUAACUGUCGAGCCUGCAUCGGUGCAAAAACGAAUCAUGGUGUCCAAGGUGACUUACGUGUAGCUGUGUUUAAAAUGUUUUAAAGAUCUUAUGAAAUUGUUUUGUGUUAUCAUUUUUUUCUUUACCUCCCACUCUGUAGGAGUGAGUUCCACAUUUUCACCUCGCAGGUUUAUAAAGUUAAGAGUUUUCUACUAAAAUUUAUACAAAUAUUGCUGAAGAUUACUUAGAAAAGCAGCAGAUACCCUACUGCAAUUAUUUUCCUUGUAUGUGAAUCUAAUUCUGUAAAGUCUUUCCUGGAUAUAAUUAAUUUUAAAUAUUGUACAAGCUAUUUUUCACUGACACUGUAUUCUUAUAUUGCGCAUUUAUUUUCUUGGACAGAAACACAUAUGUGUAUCCUGUCCAUUGACCCAUAGCCAAAUAAUAUCCAUUUCCUCAUUUACUGUACUGUAAACUCUUCUACUGAGAAUAUGGCUUAAAAAGAAUUUGCAGCACUUCGGUCCAACUGGCCUUGCUGAUAGUUUGCCUUUGCACUUCAAGUUCCAUAUUCUAGAUAAGCAAGUUACUCCAAAAUUCUUUACUGUCUACUUUAUACUUGGGAAUUUUCUCCCUAAAUACAUCCAUUUAAUCUUUUAAUUCCUACCAAAAAGCCACCAAUUAACCAACUGUUUGCCAUUCUUCUAAUCACACCUCCUUCGAUAGCCACCUGUUAUUUCUUAUGUGAAACACCCAAUAAAAGAGCUUAUA